UCAGCAGGCCGCAUUUAAGAGAGGUCUCGUACACCUUUUGCCGGUGGCUGGAGCACGAUGGAUCCCCCAGGGGCACUGGACGCGGAGGAUGAAGUGGGGCCGUUAGCCCAUCUUGCCCCAAGUCCUCAAAGCGAAGCUGUUGCCCAUGAAUUCCAGGAGCUGUCCCUGCAGCCCAGCCAGCACCUGCCCCCGCUGAACGAGAGGAAGAAUGUGCUCCAGCUGAGGCUCCAACAGAGGAGGACGAGAGAACAGCUGGUGGACCAGGGCAUCAUGCCACCUUUGAAGAGCCCAGCUGCAUUCCAUGAGCAGAUAAAAAGCUUGGAACGAGCCAGAACUGAAAACUUUUUGAAGCAUAAGAUUCGGAGCCGACCAGAUCGUUCUGAACUUGUCAGGAUGCACAUUUUAGAAGAAACAUUUGCAGAACCAUCCCUGCAGGCUACUCAGAUGAAGUUGAAAAGAGCUCGACUAGCGGAUGAUCUGAAUGAAAAGAUUGCUCAAAGACCUGGUCCUAUGGAGCUGGUAGAGAAAAACAUCCUUCCUGUAGACUCCAGUGUUAAGGAAGCAAUUAUAGGCGUUGGGAAGGAGGACUAUCCUCAAACUCAGGGCGAUUUCUCAUUUGACGAAGACAGCAGUGAUGCUCUGUCUCCAGACCAGCCAGCCAGCCAGGACUCGCAGGGGUCCGCCGCUUCCCCGACUGAGCCAAAAGUUAGUGAAUCGCCGUCUCCCGUGACUACAAGCACUCCAGCCCAGCAAAGCCAUCCCAAGAACCCUAACGACAAACACCGGGGCAAGAAGUGCAAAGAUCCCAAGCCACGGGUGAAGAAGCUCAAGUACCACCAGUACAUCCCGCCCGACCAGAAGGGGGAGAAGAGCGAGCCCCAGAUGGACUCCAACUACGCCCGCCUGCUCCAGCAGCAGCAGCUGUUCCUGCAGCUCCAGAUCCUGAGCCAGCAGCAGCAGCACUACAACUACCAGACCAUCCUGCCCGCGCCGCUCAAGCCACUCAAUGACAAAAAUAACAACAGUGGAAAUUCAGCUCUGAACAGCACCACGCCUAAUACACCAAGACAGAAUCCAUCUGCUUCCGUGAGAAAGCCGGGGCCCCUGCCUUCUAGCCUGGAUGACUUAAAGGUGUCGGAACUGAAGACGGAGCUGAAGUUACGGGGUCUUCCGGUGUCGGGCACCAAACCGGACCUCAUUGAACGCCUGAAGCCCUACCAGGAAGUGAACAGCAGCGCUGUUGCUGCCGGCGGCGUCCUGGCGGUGCCAGCGUCUGCCAUCGUCGCCAGCAACCCAGAAGUCACCGUGGCACUGCCGGUGACAACGCUGCACAACUCCGUGACGAGCUCAGGCCCCUCUUUCAAGGCAGAGUUGCCGCCUGCCGGAAGCAGCAACGUCGCCCACGCCGAGAGCGUCAGCUCCCCCCUGCCCAUCUCGCCUUCCCCCUCCGAGCAGUCCAGUCUCGGGACCGAGGACACAAGCAUGGCAGACACGUUCACCGAGAUCAUGACCAUGAUGUCUCCCGCGCAGUUCCUGUGCUCGUCGCCGCUGAGAGUGACGGGCAGCGAGGACAGCCCGAGUCCCGCCAGCAGCACGCUGUCGAGUCUGGAACUGGACGCGGCCGAGAAGGACCGCAAGCUGCAGGAGAAAGAGAAGCAGAUCGAGGAGCUAAAGAGGAAACUGGAACAGGAACAGAAGCUCGUGGAAGUUCUGAAAAUGCAGCUUGAGGUUGAAAAGCGAGGGCAGCGGCAGCAGCAGCCGCCGCUGGAACCCCAGCCCGGUGCCGCGGCCAGCUCUGCCGGCAAGUUAGAUCCGAAGCAUGGCGGCGUGGGCUCCCCCGUCAAGGACGAGACCGCGCUGCCCGACUGCUCCAGCCCCAGGCGGCCUGGCCCGCUGGCCAGCCAUCCUGUGGGCCAGCCUGUCUCGGCGGGUGGCCAGACCCUGGUUGCCAAAAAGGCCGUAGUGAUCAAGCAGGAGGUCCCCGUGGCCCAGGCCGAGCAACAGAGCGUCAUCCCACAGUUUUACGUGAGUUCCCAGGGACAGCCGCCGCCUGCUGUUGUCGCUCAGCCUCAGGCUUUACUGACCACACAAACCGCUCAGCUGCUGCUGCCGCUGUCCAUCCAGGGCUCCAAUGUCACCUCAGUGCAACUCCCAGUAGGCAGCCUCAGACUCCAGACCCCACCACAAGCAGGAAUCCAGACUCAGACUCAGCCGCAGACAGCAGCCACCACCCUGUCCUCAGGCUUAGCCCAGACCGUACCUCAGAAGCAAGAAGCUUUCACGCCACAUGUGCUCAGUCAGCCUCAGCAAGUUAGAAAGGUUUUCACGAACUCGGCAUCAAAUUCAGUUCUUCCGUAUGAGAGACCACCUGCUCCAGCGGUCCAGCAGCCCUUUGUGAACAAGACCUCCACCAGUGUUCUUCAGUCCAGAAGCGCACCACUUGCCUCCCUGCAGAAUGGACCUACCGCUUCCAACAAGCCUAGUUCGCCCCCUCCACCCCAGCAGUGCGUCGUCCAGCACUCCCUGUUUGGGAGCCCGGUCCCCAAGACAAAAGACCCUCCCCGCUACGAGGAGGCCAUCAAGCAGACACGUGGUGCCCCGUCCUCCCUUCCAGAGAUUUCCAGUGCACACAGUCAGCAGAUGGACGACCUCUUUGAUAUACUUAUCAAGAGUGGAGAGAUUUCCCUCCCUAUAAAAGAAGAGCCUUCUCCCAUUUCCAAAAUGAGACCAGUGACAGCCAGCAUCACCACAAUGCCAGUCAACACGGUGGUGUCCCGGCCCCCGCCCCAAGUCCAAAUGGCACCACCCGUCUCCUUAGAACCCCUGAGCAGUUUAUCUGCCAGCUUAGAGAACCAGCUAGAAGCUUUCUUGGAUGGAACUUUACCUUCGGCCAACGAAAUUGUUCCCCUGCAAAGCAGCAGUGAAGACAGAGAGCCCUUCUCUCUGAUCGAGGACCUCCAAAAUGACUUGCUGAGUCACUCAAGUGUGCUGGACCAUUCACACUCACCCAUGGAGACUUCUGAAGCCCAGUUUGCUGCAAGUACCCCCUGUCUGUCACUUGACCUCUCUGACUCAAACUUAGACAACAUGGAGUGGCUGGACAUUACCAUGCCCAACACGUCGGGACUCACUCCCCUCAGCGCCACCGCUCCCAGCAUGUUCUCCACUGACUUUCUAGAUCCACAAGACCUGCCGUUGCCAUGGGACUAA